AUGGGUUUUGGCUACCCAAGAUCGGACACCUACUCCAAAUGUGACGAAACUGAUGUUGCCCUGAAAACCUUGGAGUCUAAAGAAGCUAAAGCACAAGAACAAAAAGCAAAACUCUUAACAGAAAUAAAAAAGCUUGAGACAGAAAAGAAAGUACAUCUAUCAAGAGCUAAUGCAUUUUACGAUAGAAAACGUGCUUCUAAUAGAUCAGCCAGGCUUCACGACAACGUGGAAGCCAUUUGCAUGGACUACUCUAAAAAUCUGCCUAUUCCAAAUAUUUCAACGAAUGACAUUUAUUACAGCCGACAGUUGUCAUUAUACUUGUUCAAUGUUCAUGUACUUUCAAACCAACAAAGUAUUUUCUAUUCCUACAUCAAUGUCAAACGUCUUAAAAUAUUCUGCGAUUCUUGUGGUGGACAGAAUAAAAACUACACAGUUUUUAGAUUCUUGCACCAUAUCAUUCAUUAUGAAAAAAAGCUAGAACACGUCAAAGUUACGUUUCCAAUACGCGGACAUUCUUAUAUGGAGAGCGAUAAGGAUUUUGGAUUAGUCAAUCAAAAGACCCGAACAGAAACUCCAUCGGACUGGAAGCCAACACCGUUUGUUGUAGAAGACGUACAACAAAACUACUUACGUUCUUGGACUAAGCAUCUUCAACUACUGUAUUUGAAGAAAUGUCCUUUUCCUAUUAGACCAUUGAGAGAGAUAGAGUUCUCUGCUGAGCAUCCCAGACUGGCAUUUUAUCGCAAUUCAUACUUUGGCGAAUGGGAGUCAGCAGAUAUCGGGGGGAAACCAUUCAAGCAGCCAAACAACACCGGAUAA